GGUGUCACAAUCUCAUCUGAAAAAGAGGAAACACAGAAUAAAAGUUUUGAACAAAUAUGUACGGUUACAGAAACUCUAUUCUAUAAAAUCUCAUCUUAAAAACUAUCGAUAUUGUUACAAUAUUACUUCAUAUCCUUCUUCUGUUUGCUUAAUCUGAGCAAAUCCUGCACCCACUUGACAUUUUGUAAGGCCUGGUAUCUGCUUGUGAAAUUAAACUGCCCGAUGUAACCCAAUCACGACCUGUCAUAACAAAUAUCUGUUCAGAUACCUGUUUUUGUGUUAACCUAAAGAUGAAGUGAGCAUACGAAUAUUAGUAAAUAGAGUAUACACCUGUAAAUAGCAUAUACAGUCUACUCAGGAUAUAAUGAAAUUCAGGGACCGACCUGAAUUGUUCAUUAUAUCCAGAGUUCAAUAUAUACAAUACUGAAUUACACAAGUAUUGCUACUGGGGGAUUUAUUUUAACUGCAAUACAACAGAUAGUUUAAUAUAACCGACUUCAAUAUAAUUGGAGUGGACUGUAUUUCACUUGGAGUAUAUGAAAUAAUGAAGAUGAAUGAUGCAAACCUGGUCGGUUUUCAUUGUGACGAACAGCACAUUUCUCUUUCGUGCCAUGAUUUUGGAAAUGAUGAUGAAGUAAUCUGAUGGCAGUGUUUGGCCCAUGGACAUUCUUCCCAUUAGUUCCAGUGGUCUGGCCCUCAUCAGUCAAAUAAUCCCACUGAGAUGCUGUUCUCUCCAUACAAAUUCCAAAGAUCUGAAUUUCCCGUGGUGUCUAGUAGAAUAAUGGUCCUACUUGUCUUUAAUGACGAGGUACAGACAUACAUCGAAAAUGUAAUGAGUUUUGAUGAAAUCUUUAAAACAGGGUCUAAAGGGUGGCUCAGGAAGCUGAAUAAACUGAUGUUCUUUCCUGGCUUCCUUUAUGCACUGGAUUUAGAGGCGGUGUUCCCUCUGCUUUUUCAAUGCGAUUUGAAGAAAAAAAUUCGUUGCCGAUUUUCUUUUCAUUUUCUGAUUUUGUCAUCAAAUGUGCUUCCAGUGGCGCUCACGGCUACUGCAUACAUCAGCUCUGAGAUUGACAGAAUGGCAGACUAGAUGGAUUAGAACGAGAACAAUUUGACAGCACAAAUUUGGAUCUUUAAAGCUUCAACAUAUGUUUGGUGUUGAACAGGGUAGGAAAAUGGGUGGUUUGUUGUCGCUUCCUCUAGGUUGCUGGAGAUUUUUUUUACUCAUAAGGAGACGUCAUCAUUGCCGGAGAAGGGCUGCAAAAUUUAGGCCUAUGGUCGGCGCAAGCUUACGGCCUUUGAGCAGGGAGGGAUCAUCUGUGACACGAGGCCUCGACUUUUGUCCCAUUUAGUCGCCUUUUACGACAAGCAAGGGGUACUAAGGACCUAUUCUAACACGGGUCCCCACGGGACGCGACCUCUUGAAGCAGUUGGCAUGGGAAGUCCACUAUCUUCAGAAUAUCGCUGAUAAACUACACCACAUACUUUUUUCUUCAAAGGACAGUGCAUUAUUUGGUCUCUUUCCGAUGUCACCAUGCAAACGUUCGUAGUUUGCUUCCAUUGGUGUUUAUAUGCUUCACAAGAUGUUUCAAAUGUUUUCACCAGUGUCAUAUUAAAAUAAAAACACAUCUUUACAUACUUCCCGGUCAUGAAAGUGUUGAUAUCUCUGUCGUUUGGCAUCGUGUCUUAAGACCCAUUACCAGAACGUUUGCAUUUUGGCUUUCCUAUGGUAAACAUAUCCUUUUCUUACUUGGAAAGUUUGCUCAUCGAAAAAUAAAUAAUUAAUUCGUUGAAAACUGAUCUUUCAAAUGCAUUUCAUUUUACAGGGACAACCUUUAAUGAUUUUUGCGUAAAGCCUGUCGUUGGGUCAGGUGCUGUCUGACGUGUUUCAUACCGUUGUUAGGCCUUUCUUGGCACACUGAUUUUGACUACAAAUAACUCCGUUUACCUGAUCAGGAUAUAGGACUCACGGCGGGUAUGACCGGUCGACAGGGGGUGCUUACUCUUUCUAAGCACCUGAUGCCACCUCUGGUGUGUCCAGGGGUCCGUGUUUGCCCAACUAUCUAUUUUGUAUUGCUCAUAGGAGUUAUGAGAUUGAUCACUGUUCGUUAUCUUCACCUUUCACUAAAGUCUACAUUGUUAUUCUCGAAAUUAUUUCCCUCUAAAUUAGGCUUUUAUUAUGAUCAUCAUCAGGAUACAAAAGGUGAAGUCUGUGUUUUGAAAGGUUCUCGUUUGAGUCUUCAAUUUCUGAUGCAAGUGAAAUGUCACUAUCGUCUGUAUUUUCAUCAUCUGAAUUAGCAUUUUGUGAAGGAGGAAAAUACAGUAUAUGUAAAUAAACUACCAUGUAGUGGAUUAAAGGAUUGACGAGAUCUUUAUUAAACUGGAGUUAAUAAACCCGUCUUCUAGUUGAAUACACUUUAUACAAUAAAUAAUUUCAUGCAAUCAAAUUGUAUAAAAGUGUACAUACACCUCGACCAUUCAUGAGACACUAAUUUCGCAAGCUUUUUGGAAUGUGCGCAACGUUUAUGCAAAACCACUAGAUGUUCACUAGAUAAUAGUAAUAUUACACCGAAUACUUGAAAUGUAGCGCUUAAAGAAAAAACAAGGAAAUAAUACAUUGUUGUCACAUCCGAUACAGUGUGCAUAUCUAAAACAAAAUCAUAUACAACCACAUCAGAACAAUCCACGUGUACAUCCGCGGACAUAAUAUUGUAGCGUAUUGAUUUUCUGUGAGCUAUAUUAAGGAUACCAGGCCAUCAUGUCCAAGUACGUCAGAGCCACGGAGGAGUGCCCCGCCCCUGAUACAUCCACGCCCGACCCUCAACGGCUACCCGGCGUGAUGAGUCUCGCGUGCCUGGUGUUUCUAAGGCGGCGUCUGUAUUUGCUGCCGCUGAUCACCGCCUUGUGGAUCAUCAUGGCAUUCUUCAUAUCGUACGGCAUUUCAAUUAAAAGUGGUUCUGUGAAACCUGAGGACUUCCCUUAUAUCAGCUACACGGCUAUUGAGGCUCCUGAACGUUGCGUUUUUGGACAACUCAUCAAUAUUGGAGCUGUGUUAUUGGGUAUGAACGUAUGGGUGAGGUAUCUAUUCGUCAAAGAGAUAUUCCAGAAAAGAAAAGUGAAGGACGUGACAUAUUGGCAGAAAGUAAACAUUGCAGGGAUAAUCCUAGGAUUUCUGUCUGCUCUGGGUAUCAGUAUGGUAGCCAACUUCCAGACAGUUGUACAGCGGGGACCUCAUUACGUCGGAGCAGGUCUUGCAUUCGGUCUUGGGUUGGCUUACUGUUGGCUGCAGACAAGACUGUCAUGGAAACUACGCAGCGAGAAGUAUGGACAUCGACUUGUAGCCGUGACUCAACUUAUCAACAGUACCGCUCUAACAGUGUUUCUAAUACUGUUCUCUAUAACGAAAAUAAUCUACAAGCUCAAUGAAGCCAAAGAUUUAAAAAAAGGACUGAAGGACACAAAAUUUACUUCGCUCCGUGGGGUGUACUUAGCGUCUACGAUCUCGGAAUGGCUGGUGGCGACAUCUGUCCUCACAUUUGCACUCACGUUUAUAUGGGAUUUCCGGGCACUUGUCAUGGAGACACCACGUGUCAAUGUCAAUUUCAACAUGAUUGAGAAUGGAGGAACUAAAGCUUCGUCACAGAAAGCCAAGGAAGGCACUGACGACACUAACAUGAACAGCAUUAAUGUGAGGGCGUGAAAGGGAACAGCUAGAUAUCAAGCGAAACAGUGUUCACUGAAAGCACGUGUAGUGCCAAAAGUGAAAAAAAGAACUGUUGCCAAACAGUUCAGCAAGCCCAAUUAAUUCACGCGUCGCAUCACCCGACCCAGUGAAUAUUGCCCGAGGGAUAAUGCAGCAGUGCUGACGUGACUGAAACCACUGAGGAACCCAUGCAAUGAACAGAUGCAAAUUAUUAAAAAGAUAUUGAAGACAAAGGAUGAUAAUGUCGAAAAUAAUACUACGAGAGAGAGAGAGAGAGAGAGAGAGAGAGAGCAUUGUUUUCUGUUUUAAUAUGUUGUUUUACCUAGUUUUGUGCAGUGUUUAUUAUUUAUACGUUCAGUGUUAGUUUCAGUAUUUGCAUUCAUGUUCAUACAUGUACAUGUAUAUUGAUAAUCUUCAGGAAUGUAAUUCCUUCAUCUUUAUUUUAUUUUUCAAGACAAUUUCAGUCACAAUACACAUUGGUCUCUAUGCUUUUGUUUUUAUGAUAUGUUUCAUUAUGUAUGAAAAAUAAAUAAAAGGAGGAAAUAAAUAAUCAUUUGAAUGUUA